GGGUUUGGCGUCCUCCAUCUUGCUCGCUCCGGAAGCGUCACGGCGCGGAACGAUUCCACGAUUUGCUGACUCGAGAUUCCCGAAAUCAGUCAAGUGACAUUAGGAUCGUGUUGGAGGGAAGCCCCUUAGUUGCGGCUAAUUUCAUAUACCGCUGAGAUACAUUUUUUUUGGGCACGACAUUUCUUGGCUAAGCCUUUUCCUUCGUAGCGUCUUGCUUGAGCCCUUUGGAUGCACUUCCCCAAUUGUGCAGUUACAAACACUUGACUGAAAAAGUGAAGCGAAUCGUUCGCGUCACACCGAGGAAAUUCGCCGUCAUUUGUGGUGAAGCGCAAGCCCAUUUGGAGCUCGCAGUGGUCCUGCUUAAGCCUGCAGAAAGGCGCUACUCAGUUUGAAGGUGUAACUUGCUCGUGUUUGCAGGGACAAGACAGUCCAACUGAGUCCUGAUUCAACACGAGCAAGGCCGACCAAAUCUUGGGCUGCAAGUAGCGUUGAUUCUUUUUCCCGGUCUACGUGGCAGCCUUGAAAUUCUAUAAAUGAUCGAGUACAAGCGGCCGUCAAGGUCGUUUGCCUGACUUUUGUCCUCUGUGGCAUCUGGCGCGCAGCGCCGCGUGCUUCGCGGGCUCUAAGAAUAGCGGGCGUCGGGUUCCCGACCUACCGAUUGGUCCGAGGCGGCGGGACGUCCGUGCCGACGUCGAACUCGCCCGCAGUCCCGGCGCUUCCGCUCUCGGUCGCUUGUCGUCCGCCGCGCGACCGGCGAAGAAUCGGACGCCUCGCUUUGACCGCCGGCCGUGAACGUUUGCUCCAUGCGGCCCCGCCGCCACGACGACGCCCCGGAAGACGGGGAGGAGCCGAUCGUAAGCGAGGAGACGGGAGGCGACCGUGCGGAGGAGGCCGCGACUCCUCCGCUUUCCGAGGCAAAGUCGUCGCCGCCGCCGCCGUCGGGCAGCAAGAGCGGCAAGACGGCGGCGGGAGCCCAGCCGGGCUACUCGGCGUUCACCUGGUUGGCCGUGCUGGCGCUGUUGGGCGUUUGGAGCUCGGUGGCCGUCGUCUACUUCGACAUCGUCGACUACGACGGCGUCCUCGGCAAGCUGACGGCGUACGACGCGGACGGCGACGGCGACUUUGACGCGGAAGAUGCCAAAGUCCUGCUCGGUCCGCCGGAAAGGACGAGCCGGGCCCAGCCGCCCCAAGACGGAGCCCAAGAACCCGCCCGGGAGCAGCCGGCCCAUCGACGAGCGGCGUCGGCGCCGGCGGAGGACGAGCGUCCGGGGCGGAGCUCGCCAGAGAAGUCGUCAACAGGUUCUGAAGCCGAGGACGUGGACUCCCAAAUCCAAGCUGCCGUUGCGCUGCCUGCGUUCGUGGAAGACGACUUUGUGGCAGACGAUCCUCGCGGAGGCUCGGAGCAUCUCGGGGGGGAGGACGCGGACGCGAUCGACACCAGCGGCGUCUUGGUGGAGGAAGCGGAAUCUGCGCGAGAUUUGACGAGCUCCGAGUUGACACAAGAAGAAGAUCCAUCGGUGGCGGCGCCGCCGGUAGAAGGGCGGAGCGAAAGCGGCAGCCCCCCCGCAGAAUCUCCCGCGCAGGCGGAGGAGCAUCCUGAGCCGGCCCGAGCGCGGAGUGAGCCCGCUCGAGAAAGUGGCGUCGCCGCCCAGGGAGCAUCCGAGCGCACGUCUGCGGAGAAGAGCCGAGACAAAGCCAAGAAGAAGAAAGCAAAACUGCUCAACGACUUGGACAGAAGCAUCAAAGCUGAAGUGGACGCCGCCGAGAAGCUCCGCAAGAAAGGCAAAGUGGAGGCGGCGCUGCGAGCCUUCGAGACUUUGGUCCAGCGCCACCCGCAGAGUCCCCGCGCUCACUACGGGAAGGCCCAGGCGGAGGACGACCUGGCCGAGAAGCAGCGCAGCAACGACAUCUUGCAGAAGGCCAUCAGCAGCUACAGAGACGCGGCGGAGCUUCCGGGCGCCACGCCCGACCUGGUGAGGGCGGCCCUCAAGAGGCGAGCCGAGCGCCAGCAGUUCCUGGGCCGCAUGCGGGGCGCCGUGGCCACCCUGGAGAGGCUGGUGCGGACCUUUCCGGAAGACGUCGGUCUGAAGAACGACCUGGGAGUGGCCUACCUGUUGCUAGGCGACAACAAAGGCGCCAAGAAGGUCUACGAGGAGGUCCUGGCGGUUGCCCCCGCCGACGGCUUUGCCAAAGUUCACUACGGCUUCAUCUUGAAGUCUGAGAACAAGGUCGCAGAGAGCAUUCCGUACCUGAAGGAGGGCCUGGAGUCCGGAGAGCCCGGAACCGACGACGGACGCUUCUACUUCCACCUGGGCGACGCGCUGCAGAGAGUCGGAGACCGCAGCGCGUACCACUGGUACCAGGUGGGCCACGAGCGAGGGCACUUUGCGUCCGUGUGGCAGAGGUCCCUGUACAACGUGGACGGGCUCAAGGCGCAGCCCUGGUGGACUCCGAACGAGACGGGAUACACCGAACUGGUCAAGGCGCUGGAGAAGAACUGGAAGACGAUCAGGGACGAGGCCCUGGCCGUGAUGGACCGAAACACGGGACACUUCGUACCCGAGGAGGAGAACCUGAGGGAGAAAGGCGAGUGGGGCCAGUACACGCUCUGGCAGCAAGGGAAGAAAUCCGCCGCGUCCUGUCAGGCUGUCCCGAAGACCUGCUCGCUGCUGGAGAGAUUCCCUGAAGCCACCGGCUGCAAGCGAGGGCAGAUCAAGUUUUCGGCGAUGCAGCCGGGCACGCACGUGUGGCCCCACACGGGCCCCACCAACUGCCGACUGAGGAUGCACCUCGGCCUCGUCGUUCCCGAAGACGGAUGCCGCAUCAGGUGCACGGACCGGACCAGGGAGUGGCAGGAGGGCAAAGUGUUGAUCUUCGACGACUCUUUCGAGCACGAAGUCUGGCAGGACGCCGCCACGUCGCGCCUCAUCUUCAUCGUGGACGUGUGGCACCCGCAGCUGACGGCGUACCAGAGGCAGACGCUCAGCGCCAUCUAGCUCGGGCGGCGUAAGGUCGAAGGCCGAAGGCCGCGCGCGCUUUGGACUGACGCCGCUCCAUCUGAGCAAAACCUCCACUUGGACACGACCGACUGUACGAUUGCUGCAAACGUCACAAGAGAUUCUAUUUUUAUUAAAAAGAACCCCAGAAAAGAGUGCUGCAUUUUUUUAUUUAUUUUUUUUUUUGUCGUCGUCGUCGUUGCUUCAUUUUUGUCUCUAGCCGAGGGUGGGCAAAGUCAGGCCCGGGGAACCCCGGCGGGCCCUUCUCUUCUUUAUGUUCGGCCCGCCGAGCAUUUACAUUCUCGAGUCAUCGCGUAUCGAUUGAGCGGGUUUUUAUUUUCUUAUAUUGCUUCACUAAAAUGUGUUUUGAAUUUGAAUUGUAUUUGUUUAUUUUCAAUAUUAAAUGGGAAAAAAAAAUGAAGGAUGACACACAACCAGAGAGAGCCAAUCGCCUUUCAAAUGUAACCAAAAUGGAUAGAAAUAGAAAUGCCCAAAAGCAAUUUUCUGUCGGGAGUGUCACGCCUUACGAUUACGAUUAUGUAAUAGCCGCCGGAUGAACGGUGACUGGUUGACUUUGUGCAGUGUGUAAUAAUGAGCGCCAGAAGUUUUGUUUUUUUUUUUUGUCC